AUGAGUCCAUUAAGGGAUGUGGUGGCGGCGGGAACACCUGAUCCGGCUCGAGGGUCGGAUCAGCUUGAUGUUCAGGAGCUGAACCGUGUAACGGAACAGUUGCAAGGUAACCUGGCUCAUGAACGGACUCGGCGCUACGAGCUCCAUGAUCUUGUAAAGGAUAAUUACAACUCCUUAGUGCACGAUCGUUCUGAAGAUCGUGACGAGCUAGCAGCGGCUCGUCGAGACAUCGCUCAACUGCGUGAACAGGUCACUUCGAAAGUCGACCAGACUGGCUUGUUAAAACGGGACCACUCGAAGGUGGUCUCGGCUCUCGACCGCGGAGGUGUUCUUCGCAUCUCGAAACGGGCUCGUACUGAUAGUACGGGCGGAGACGACCAACGUAAAACGUAG